UAGAUGUCACUGUAAGUGGAAAAACGAAGUUUGCUGUGCGGUAGGCUUUUUGGUAUGCGAUGAAUACUAAAUGUAAACAGAAAUUUUUGUAGACGGUACAUUUUCGAGGUAAUUGCGCUUUAAAUUAGAGCGUAGAAGAUUUCAGUAUGGAUCCAUUUUAUACAGCUCUAAGUUUUUAUCGUCGACAAAAAUACGAGGAUUGUGCUUCAGUGUGUACUGAGUUAUUGGAAAAGAAUCCCUAUGAUCAGGCAAUUUGGACUCUCAAGAUGAAAGCUCUCACCCAGCAAGUAUAUGUGGAUGACAUUGAGGCAGAAGAAGAAGGGAUUGCAGAGGCACUGAUGGACAAUGACAUUGUUGCACAAGUUGCAAGGCCAGGCACCUCGCUUCGUACACCAGGUACUGCACAAGGAGGGCUGGUUCAGGGACUCAGGCCUCGGACGCAGAGCGGGCGUCCUCUUAGUGGAGUUGUUCGCCCGGCUACGCAGUCUGCUCGCCCUGGAACGAUGGAACAGGCGUUACGUACUCCUAGGACGGCCAGGACGGCCCGCCCCAUUACAUCCCAGUCUGCCCGUAGCGUGCGACUUGGAACAGCGUCAAUGUUGACAGAGCCUGACGGUCCAUUCAUACAACUCUCGCGGCUUAAUCUAGGGAAAUAUGCAGCUCAAGGGAACAUUGCCAAACCACUCUUUGAGUACAUCUUCUAUCAUGAAAAUGAUAUUAGGCAUGCAAUGGAAUUAGCUGUACAGGCCACACAAGCUUGUAAUUUCAAGGACUGGUGGUGGAAAGUGCAACUUGGCAAAUGCUACUUCACUCUGGGCUUAAUCCGUGACGCAGAGCAACAGUUUCGUUCGGCACUAAAGCAGCACCAGGCGGUGGAGAUAUUCCUUCGCUUGGCUCGUGUUUAUAUCCGCCUGGACCAGCCGCUUUCGGCUUUGGACGCGUGUAAGACGGGGCUGGAAUACUUCCAAGGGGAGGUGACGCUGACAACGGAGAUGGCGAGGCUGUUCGAGGGACUUAACAACAUCCCGACUUCCAUUAAGUACUACCGAGAUAUCCUGAAGGAGGACUCGACGCAUGUGGAAGCCAUUGCGUGUAUAGGAAUGCAACACUUUUAUACAGACCAGCCCGAGAUUUCACUUAGAUUUUACAGGAGACUGCUACAGAUGGGAAUCUACAAUGCAGAGCUCUUUAACAAUCUGGGGCUGUGCUGCUUCUAUGCGCAACAGUACGACAUGACAGUGACAUGUUUUGAGCAGGCCCUCAGUCUUGCCGCUGAUGAGGCAGUUGCUGAUGUGUGGUACAACGUUGCACAUGUGGCCAUUGGUGUUGGCGACUGCAAUUUGGCAAUGCAGUGCUUGAGGUUGUCUCUGUCAGCAGACAGUAACCACGCUCCAGCUUACAAUAAUCUUGGCGUUCUGGAGAUGAGGCUUGGGCACUGUGAGCAAGCACGUGCGUUCUUCCAAGCAGCUGGAAGCCUUGCCCCUUACCUGUUUGAACCGCAUUACAAUUUUGCAAAACUGGCGGAAAAGAUGGGCAAUCUGCAAACCAGUUACAUUGUGAUUCAGAAAGCUCUGCAGGCUUAUCCAAGCCAUGUCAGUUCUAAGGAACUACUGGAAAGGCUACGGAAGCACUUUGAAUUUAUAUAAAUGAAGUUUUGCUGGAUUCGAUGUGCAAAGUCUACUGACUGGAAAGGCUGCUGCUAGGAGCAGGUCAAUCGACCGUUCAUAUGUAAAUUUGCAUGAAGAUCACGAUGCACCAUACCCUGACUGUUGUAUGAAGUGGGGUACACUUGCACUCAGUUGUUCCUGUGCAAUCACUGUAUUGUCCAGGGUUAGCAUUCCAUACAUAAAAUAUGAGGAGAGGUCAGGGAGAAAAUUUACAAGGCGUCCGUCUUGAAGUGAUUCGGUGAAUGUUUUUUUUGUAAUUAAUACAAUGUUAAUUUGUCGGUGGAUUAGUGGUUAGGUUCUCGCCACUGGAACCAAGGUUCGCGGGUUCAAUCCCAGCCGAGGUCGAUGGAUUUUUAAGGGUGAUAAAAGUCCGUAGCACAACUUCCUUCGGAGGGGAAGUAAAGCCGGCGGUCCCAUGUCGUAGAUUUACGUCACG